AUGGCAAAGUCGUUGGGUGUCGAUGAGGUACUAAAGCUGAUAUUUAUUCCUAGUGAUGAACUUUCAGAUAUUGACCUCAGCUCAGGUGAUGAACUUGAUCAGCCCAGAUCGUCUGAUCCGUCAGAUGACGGCUUGGACUAUGAAGUAGAACAUGAUGCCACCAGUGAUAAUGAACACACGGACACUUCUUCGGACGAGGACAGUGGGAAUGCGACUCCAUCAACCUCUAAAUCAGCUGGAACAUCAAAAACUAAACUCUCCGUCUAUAAAUGGAAGAAAGUACUUCCAGAAUUUCGAGCCACAGAUUUCACGGGCGGAGAUUUUCAAGACCCACCAAUGGAUUUACCUACUCCAAUGGAAUACUUCAAAAUGUUCAUCAAUCAGGAAUGUAUUCAGUAUAUUGCUGACCAGACAAACCUGUUCGCCAUGCAGAAAGAUGGCAAGGAAAUAAAGGCCAGUACCGAUGAGAUUGAGCAAUUCAUAGGUAUUUUGCUCAUGAUAGGUCUUUUCCCUUGUCCAUCAUAUCGAAUGUAUUGGUCCAAUGACUCCAGAUUUUCUUCAGUUGCCGAUGUCAUGUCUCGAAAUCGAUUUGAAUGUCUUCUCCGAUAUGUUCAAUUCAACGACAACAGCAAUGUACGAGGUAGAGAAGACCCAGACUAUGAUCCAUUGUUUAAAAACAGACCCCUCCUAGAUAUGCUUAGGGUUGAAAUGGGUAAGUUUGAACCUGAGGAGUGUCAAAGCAUCGAUGAGCAAAUAUUUGCCUUCAAGGGCCGCAGUAGCCUAAAACAGUACAACAAAAACAAGCCGCACAAGUGGGGUUUCAAGGUUUUCACUAGGGCGGGAUCCCCCGGCAUCAUGUAUGAUUUUGAGGUAUACACAGGCAAAAGUAUGAAACUGGAGGGAAAUUUGACUAUUUCAGGAAAUGUUGUUCUGAGACUUGUCCGAAACUUGCCACGUGACCGAAAUUUCAAGGUGUAG